AUGGCAGUCGAUGUCAGUGGUUCUAUGAGAUGGCUUAUCGAUACUGUUGUCGAUGGCAUUUCCGGAAUCAACGCGGUCCUGAAUAACGAGGACCUCGUCAGUGUCUUAGACUUUGCUGAAACACAACGGACCAUCUUUGGAUACUUGAAACGAGCCAGAGUUGACUGGGACAACGUGAGGGACACACUGAGAACCGAUGCGCAUCGCUCCAACUGCGGAGCGCAAACUGCUCUAUGGGACGUAAUCGGGUAUGUCCUCGACACGACUCCACACAACAGGAAGUACAGCGUGUACAAGCCCGAAAUCGUCAUCUUCACCGAUGGUCAUGACAACUGUUCAACAAAGCACAGCAUUUACAGCAUUCAAGAGGCCAUCCGACAUCCGGGCAUUUCUCACGUUCACAUCACCAUCAUCGAUGCGUCUCAGGGCGGCAAUCCCCAGCUUAGAUGGAUUUGCGGAGAGACUGAGCAUUGCUCGUAUGUGCCUGUCCAAGCGUUUGAGGAGGUUGUUGCGCGUGCCUUUGUAGAGGUCACUGCAGCCGGCACAAAGCGUCUUACCAUCUCGAUCGAUCUAUCAGGUGACACGAUGAACGCACUGGCAAGUACAUUCAAUCAGCUGGCUAUUGAACCUGCGGCGCUCCCUUCCACAGAGGAUGGAGAGACCAAUGGUGGGAGAGAGCGUGGACGUGGACGUGGUGGGCGUGGGCGUGGAUCGGGCUAA